CUAAAGCUCUUUGUAAUUCACUAAUUAGAACAUUGUCAUAUAUCCCUCUCUCAUUCCAAAUAUUAAGUAAUCUAUCCAAGCUAUUUUUCGUUUUUUCAUCAGAUUUCGACAUGUGUUCAAAAGCUUUCUUCAUGUGUACAGAAAAUUCUUUCCCAUAUUCGGGACCUUUUUUCUUACUAUUCUGAAUUACAUCAUUGGCAAGGUACAUAAAAGUUAACUUUUUAGAGCCUUUAGCUACAAAAAAUAAUUCAUCUAACAUUCCUAUAUAAUUCUUCAUUAUAAAAUAUACAAAAGUACCUUUUAUCAGCUCCCUAAUCCAUAUCUUCGCAACUGUGCUAUAAUGUUUUCUGUGAUGAAUUAACCACAGACUCAAAGUUUGAAUACUCUGCGAGGUAUUGUUAAGUUCACUUAAUUUUUUUAUAAAUGCAGUCUCAGUGAACCCCCCUGCCAUCAUAAAGUUAUAAGUUUAAUUUCAACCUCACCUAAAACUAUUUGGAACGUUUGAAAUUCACUAAAAAUAUAACCCAAUUUCUACGAUACAAAAACUCGCCGAUCGCCGAUUUAUUGAAGUUGAAGAAGAUUUGACUUUUUGGUGAACCGUAAUUGUUACUUAUCAAUCGUCUAUCUCUCUUCUUACUUAACGACUGGUUAUAACUCUUGCUCUUUUUUUUAACAGGGAAUUUUGGAAUGUCAUGUUGAAUGAAGGCAUUUUUGGUAGUAUUGGAGUUUGUUUUUUUGCUAAACUAAUUUCUAUAAUCAUUUUUCUUUAUUUUUCACGUUGUUUGUCAUAAAUUAUACGAUUUAAAUAUUAUUUUUUAGGAAAUUUGGCAAAUUUGCAAUUAAUUAAUAUUACAAACAGAAAAAUUAUGAUUUUUUUGUUUUAUGUUGUACUAAUCAAUAAAACGUAAACGUCCGAAAUUGACAGUUUUUGACAGUUAUGUUGUGAUGACGUUUGACAGUGACAUAGACUUGAGUUUUCUAGCGGUUUAUAGGUGGACGUGAAUGUAUUUCUAAUUAGCUCGAAUAAUAAAUAAGAUGUGGUGAAAGUCCCAGAUGCAUCAAAACAUAGCUGGUAACUGUAAAUAGCGGAAUGGUGAACAGUGUUGGGUCUGAAGUGUUACAAAAUUUGUAAAUGGGAUGAAUGAAGACGAUUUAGUGAAAAGAUCAGCUGAAGAGCGAGAGAAGAUAUUCAUAAGAUAUGAGCAAGGCAGAGAGGGUGCCGAGAUCGAUCCAUGGGAAGACCCUGGAUUCGAAGUCUACCACACAACAGACAGGUAUGGUUUCAUCCACGAUAAAAGGCUGCCAUCCAAAGUGGACCCGCAGGAAGCAAAGAGACUUCAAAUCGAAGUAGAGAGGCAGAAAAAAUGGCUGAAAAUGCUCAAGAAUUGGGAUAGCCCUGCUGUAAAGGAGAAAAUGCACUCUAGGGUGUACAAGGGUAUUCCCAAUUCUCUCAGGACUGAAGUUUGGGGUAAAUUACUAGAGGUAGAAAAAUUAAAGAAACAGAAUAAGGGUAAAUAUAUGGAGAUGAUGAAGCUUGCCAGAAAAUACUCUACAGAUGCCAGGCAAAUAGACUCUGAUGUAAAUAGACAAUUUAGGGAACAUCUGCAUUAUAGAGAGAGAUACAGUAUCAAACAGCAAUCUUUGUUCAAUGUUCUAACAGCUUAUGCCAUGUUCAAUUCAGAGGUGGGCUACUGUCAAGGCAUGUCAGGCCUGGCGGGGGUUCUACUCAUGUACAUGGACGAGGAAGAUGCCUUUUGGGCUGUCCAUGUGUUGCUGGCAAAUCCCAGGUUUGCCAUGCAUGGGUUGUAUAAAGAGGGAUUUCCAAAAUUAACUCGAUUUUUGGCCCAUCAUGAUAGAAUUCUGACCAAGUUAUUGCCCAAAGUGAAGAAGCAUUUCGACAAGCAUGGCUUGGAUGCCAUUUUGUAUUCAUUGAAGUGGUUUUUUGUGUGUUUCAUUGAAAGGGUUCCUUUUAGUUUGUGUCUGCGCAUUUGGGAUAUUUAUUUAUUAGAUGGCGAACGAGUGAUAACUGCAAUGGCCUAUACAAUACUCAAAUUACACAAAAGACAAUUAUUAAAACUCGGUGAUAUGGAUUCCAUUGUACAUUUUAUACAGGUAAAACUAUACAAAGACUUCCAGUACGACGAAGACUCUGUCAUCAGACAUCUCGAAACAUCGAUGGAGGAACUCAAGAAACACAAACUCGAUUUGCCGGGCCCGCCGACCAAAGACGAACUACCAAUCGGCCCGUUUGGCGUCUUCAAAGAACCCACAUUCGAGGAGAUAGUCGGCAUCCGCAAAGACAAGUUCUCGUCGCAAGAGAAACAGAUGAACGAGAUCGUGCUGUUGGCCAGCGAAACGGCGAAAGAGACGGUCGUCGCAGACGAUAAGGAGAGGGAUAGAGAUUGCCAUCUGUCGACUGCGGACUCUGUGGGCUUUACAGGUUCGAAGUUCUCCUUCGAUCCCAGCAUGGACGACGCCAGCUCGCUGCUAGACUGUGAACAUACCGGAUCGAGACGCUCCUUAGCGGACACCAGCGUAACCUCCACGGCCGAUCUGUCGGUCUUUUCGACGAUAACCCGCAGCCAAGCACACGAGAACAGCCUCGACACACACAGUAACAUGUCCGACAACUCCGUGGGCGGAGUUAGCUCAGCCGGAUCGGGAGUAGGAGCGACGAGCAGCCUGCAGAGGGGACUUUCCAGCCAUUCCACGCCCAGAGCGACGCCGCGCAUGCCCAGUCCGGACGUGCUGAGGAUCUACGUACCGUACACGCCUCUGGACACGCCCAUAGCCAGUCCGCACAACGGCGAUCUGACCAAGGGGGCGUGUCCCUUCCUGGACACGAACAAAAUUAGGAUAAAGAUCGAUAACGACGAUCUACCUACGCCGUUGGUCGAGCACGGCAAGAUCAAGAGUUUUAGGAUAGAUAGUCCAAUCGAAUAUGAUUUGAAGUAGUUUUUUCAUUUUUUUUUUGUCGAGUCAGAAUGAGGUUAUGAUUUUUGAAAAGGGGCGUCUAUAAUUCAAAGAGGUUUGUAUACGCCUUUUUGCCACGCCCUCCAUAAAAUCGAAAGGCGGGCAGAUAUUCAACGAGAUUGUUUUUUUUUUUGUUUUCAACGCAAAUACUCAUUUGAUACAUUAUUUAGUUAUACAGUUAAUGUUGCAAAAACACGAUAUUGAUUUAAUUUUGGAGUAAUUUGAUGAUAUUUUUAUUACAGUUUUGUAUUUCAAUGCUUACAAUAUGCAUAAGAGGUUGAUUUAAAUGUACAGGGGUCAAUCGAAAAAUUGUCAAUUCAAUUAAUAUCGUAAAAAACGUGCGAGAAAUUUAAAAAAAUUCCAAGUAUUGAUAUAAUUGAUUAGCAAUAUCGAAAACGUCAUAUUUUUUUAAAGGUUCUCCUUAUUGUUAUUAUUUUUUAACUAAUUUUGUCAAGUACAUAGGCGGGUUGAAGAAAUACGUAUACUAUAGGGUACAAAAAUAUUUAUAAAAUAUUAAAAUCUAUUUUUUGUUUCUGCAUUUUUCGAAAUAUCUGAUUAGUUUGUGUUGUUUUGUUUAAAAAACUUUAUUUCUUCAAUUAAUUUAUUUAAUUUAUUUUUGUAUACGGUGUAUUAGGGAUAAUAUACGCAUCAUUUAAACAGAUGAAUUUUGAAGCAAAAAAAAUCUUAUAUAGUUGGGUCCUAAACUGUAGGUCAAUUGCAUCAUAACUCAUAAGUUGUAUCACUGGUUAAAAUGAAUGUACUUAUUUCUGGUACACCCUAUAUGUUUUUAACUACAUUUUUAGUUUAUUGUAAAACCAGUGAAUCCAAAACGAAAAAAAAAAAAAUUAAAUAGAAAAUUGUAAUGAUUCACUGGUAUAUAAAAUUAUUUUUGUAUAUCGUUUUAUCUAAAAAUUAGCGGUAAGAUUAUAAAAUUAUAUUUUUUAAAAAAGUUCCAUCCCUUUUAGGAGAAAAAUCAUUCCUUCAGCAUUUAUUUUUUACUCAACUUAUUAUAGGUAGAUUUUUCGAAAAUAUAUAUGGUGAGGGCAAUAAAAAAAUAGGAGACAUGCAAUAAAUAUGCUUAAAAUUACCGAUUUAAGAGCGAAAUGUGUUCAGUUGUCACCGUCACCCUAUAUAUUAUCGAAUAGGGUUUUAGUAGGGGCGAAAUAUUAAUAAUAGUAUAGUUUAAAUUUAUUAGAUGCUAAGGAAUUGUGCCAUAAGAUUAUUUUUUUAAUUAUUACUUAAUACGAGGUUGUUUAGAAAAGUUCUGGGAUUUUUAAAUAAUUUCGACGAAACUUUAUUGGAAUUUAAAUGUAUGAAAUUUUUCUUCCUUAUAUUAGUUUUUGGAAAAGAUAGCUAUUUUUGUACAUUUUCUAUUGUUUUUCCACACAUCGAGUUAUUUUGGUACAUUCUCUAUUGUUUUUCCACACAUCGAGUUGUUUUAGAAUUGUUUUACGUAAAAUGUUUACGAAUUUGCAGUAAUGCUGUUUAUUAAAAAAUAAUCGUAUAAACUCAUUUAUUCAAUUAAUGGGGAUUUUCAAACUUUUGAAUAAUAAUUUAAUUCGUAUUUUGAUAUUGAUUUUCUUAUGAUUUAGGAGUUUGAUUUAAUAAAAAUAAUAUGUUUUAAAUUUGUAUAGCUUUCGGUACAUAGUUUGGACCAUCUUCAGUAGAGUCCGAUUACAAUAAGAAGAACUACGUCAUAACUAUUAUUUAGAAUUUCAAAUUUAUAUUAUCUAUAACUAUCAAUAAAUAAAGAAUAAGUAAGUUGUUGGGUACAAAAAACAGAUUUCCUAUAUUUCUAUAAUAUUAAAAAGCCACUAAGGACCGAUUCCACCGUUGUGUUAAACGAAGUUUAAAAUGACAUUUUUACAUUAACAAUGUCAUUUUAAUCUCUGUUUAACACAACGGUGGAAUCGGCCCUAAACCCCCAGUAGGCGGCGAUAGCCAAUGAAUUACUUCGCCAAAUGAUGAUGUAGCUGUGUUCUUGUUGUAAUAGGACCCUACUUAUAAUUGUUUAUUUUGAUAUUUAUUUUAAUCUUUAGUUCAAGCUUAUAAGUUUAUUCGGAAUAUGUAUUUAAAAAAUAACUGAAUUUGUGGAUGUGUUUAAAAAAUGCAUUUUUUUAGGCGUAUUUUAUUUAGGGGCGAUCAAAAUUAGGGCGUGGCACCCAAACAUUUUUUUAAGAAACCACAACGAGAUAAAAGUAUUGUGGAAAAAUAAAGAAUUAAUAAUGUAAUUUUUCCUUAAGAGUUCCUAAUUUCAAUAAUCCUGGAAACUUUCUCAAACCUCGUAUAUACCUACUCAUUGUCCCGAAUGUCCGAUAUUCAAGGAAAUCACCAAUAUUGCAUAAUCUAUAUUGGCUAAUUUAGUAAUAUGGAGUGAUAAAUAUCUAUUAUAGAAAUUUGGGACAAUCUGUAUAAUUUCCUAAAAAAUCCACGUAUCGUUUGUCCCCGAGAGCUAAUCUUAGAUUUUGCUAACGUAUUUCUAAAAAUUUACUAAUAAUCGCAUUUUGGUGAUUGAACAGUAGAUUUUUGGAGAUGCAACUGAUUAAGCAUCUAUAUUUUCAACUGGGACAACCGGUACAAGUAAUAAGUAAAUAUAUCAAAUUUAUUUUGAUAAAAUACAUAUAAAUAUUGUAGAAGGUACUCUGUUGUGUUUUGAAAAAUUAAAAUUACGUCUGGAUAGCGAAAUGUUCGUAUAUUUUUGGAUAAUUUUCAAAAUCGUAGCGUUCCUAUAACGGUAAUUGAUCCAAAGUAAUUAAUUGACAAUACAAGUUUGUUAUCUAUAUGGCCUAGUUCACAAAGCAUCUUUUUACUCACAUGUAAACCCUUAAAAAGAGGAACGUCGUUAAAAUUAAUGUCUAAUAGGAUUUGGCGAUAUUUCACGAACUGUUUUUAAUUAUUUUAAUCUUGGUAUAACAUGAUUUACAUGUUUUUCUAUCGAUUUCAUCUUUUCAAGAAAAAUAACGAUUAUUUCACUAGACCAAAAUAUCAGUGACUAUUUCUCUAGAAAAAUAUUCUGCUAUUUUUGUUGUUUUCUUUGAUUAAAGCCCUCGAGCUAAAGCUUUCGGGCUCUAAUUAGAUUAAUAAUGCCAAAAUUAAGUCUGAUCAAAUCGAUAUUAAAAUAUUCUCCAGAUUUAAACGCAACAAAAAUAGCUGACUAUUUAUCAAUGUCUUGCUAUAUUAACCCUUGAAUAUUUAAUUUGCUAAUAAAUUAAGAAAACGUAACCUCAUUUAUUUGACUUUUACUAAUCACAUUAAAGAGUCAAAGUGUGAUUUAAAAAUUACGCCAUCGUCCAACUCUUGUUUUUUUUUUCUGCAUUGACGUUUCUGUCUUCAAGGAUUUGCUUGUAUGUAACUAUUUAAAAAUGCUUUGGGAAUACGGACGUCAUAUUACCUAAUAUGAUAAUGGCGAUAAAGGACUUCAUGCCCCCAGUAAUUGAAUUUCGAUAAAAAUUACGCAUAUUUCGCGGACUCUGGACUAUUUUCUGAUCCACCACUCUGUAAAUGUUAAAUUCUAAUGAAUGUUGUGAUUUGUAAAUAACUAUCGAAAUUUUUUUAUAAAUAUUGUAGUUUACUAUAAAUCUUAUAAAAUUGUAAAAAUCCUUAGAAAUAUCUAUAAACUAAUAUAUAUUUAAAUUAAGUUAACAAUCCUAAUGAUUUUCUGAAAUUAGAUAACGUUUCUUCAUAAAUUUAACGUAAAUUUUGACAGUUUGAACAAAAACGUUUUUAUUCAGUGACAGUGUCGUUGAAAUUGCCAAAUAAUGUUCUGAUCAAAAAUUUAAUAAUUAUUUAAGUUCAGUAUAUUUUUUAUUUAUAAAAUACUUUCGUGAGAAUAUUUUGGUCAAUUAUAAUGAUUUUCACCCAUUCAUUUUGUCAUAGUAAUAAUUAUUGAUUAAUUAAACUGGAGCACUGGGGUUAGUAGUGAUUGUGUCAGCUGUCAAGCUUUGAUCGCAGGAUUUGUACGAACGUGAUACAUGCAAUAAAAUACGUGUAUUCUAACUUCUAAAUUGGGAAUAAACAUAUUGAUCAGUCGUAGAAUGACAUCUAAAUUUCUUAAUAAAAAUAUUUAAAACUAAAAGG